AUGCCCGUUCCUUUCAACUUGCAAGCACCAAUGGCAUGUACAGAGGGCGCAGAGACACCAGUUUUCAUCGGUCAUCCUACCCAUCGCAUCUAUCUUGGAGUACUGCACCUCCUCCUCUUCCCCUGCCUAAUGUCCAAACAAUCUCAGCCCACCCCCAUCUCAAGGUGUCCCGACUGUAAGGUUACAAUGGUUUCUGUCGUGGCUGGCUCAGCCCCGAUAUUCUGGGUAGCCUGGCUCGAGUACUCAGACAGUCAACGGGAAUCGGGUUUCAUCUCUUGCGUGUCCGCCUGUUCUUCAAGGUUUAAUAAAAAAAGACAUCUUGGCAUGGCGUCCUUCCAGACUCCCAUGUUUUGGCAUCAUAUUUACUCAGUGACCAUCCACCAAGAAAUACCACCACCUGGAAGUUUUCUUGUUUCUUACUGA